AUGCAACUCUGGCCUAUCUCUCUACUCCGUCAACAAGGCUCCACUUCUGCUAUUACCACUACAACCCUCAUCUCUCUUCUCGCCGGAAUCACCGUCGCUCCUGCUGCUGGUUCUGCUCUAGCUCUGCAGCCUCGAUUUAUCCCCACGCUUGGUUUGGCAGCUAGCAGUGCCGCACUCGUCUCUGCAAAUUUGCCACCCACAUACGUAGCAGCCGCUGCACCCGUGAACGUCAAACAGAAGAUCUUUCGUCUAGGCAAACCUGCCGCAGAUAUCAAAAGAGCUUCACAAGCGCUUUAUUCCACCAUGUCUUCCUCCACCACACCCACCUUGCCUCAGAGCAAUGACUUCGACCAGUACAAGUCGACCCCACACAUUGAUCCAACCCCAGAAACCGCUCAACUCGUUCGUGAUGCUCAAGAUUUAGCCUCCGCCAAACCAUCCCCUGCCAUCUUUGCUCGCUCUUGGUCGCCGAGCGCUAUCUUUGCUGAUCCAAUCUGUCAUGCUGAAGGUAGCCGCCAGUACCUCGCGCAAUGGUACGGUGUGCCUGCAGCCUUCUCCGAGUCCGAAACGCUAGCUUGGAAACUAGUCAAGCAAGAACCAGGUGAGGUCCAGUAUGCGCAGAAGCAAAGAUAUAAGGUGAAAGGUUUAGGUAUGACUAAAGAGAUAAUCUCAACCGUGGUAAUGGAAAGAGACGCGGGAAAUAAGAUUACUAGGUUCGAGGAUAGGUGGAAUCAUAAGCCUCUUGGAGGGUAUAUCAGGUGGCCGUUUAGACGGUUGAAUGCUCUCGGUUUGCCGUUUCUUGUGGGAGUGCCGAAGGAGACGAAGCAAGCUCUGAACCAUAAGGAUCUUUGA